GCGAGACCCCCCGAAAUAUUCGGUUUAUAGGUUAGGUGUUCGCGGCGUCCGUGAAAUAAAAUAAAAUUGAAAAUUUAAUAGAAUUUUCGGUGUAGGGAGUACAGAGAAUUUUCACGGAAAAAUUUAUUGAUCCUUAACAUUUAGGACGGGAAUAUUUGGAUGUGAUAAAAUGUGAAACUGUUUUGAUGUAAAAUGCUUUAUGGGUUUACAUAAUAUUUAUUUACUUAGACAGAUCUUUAAAAAAUGAGCUGCUUAUCCAGAUGACCCAAGUUUAUUUAGUUUUGACAAGAUGGAGCGUAGGCGCUCAACCAGGAGGCCAAAUAGGCGCUAUCGUAGACCUUGGCUUAAAAAAUGCAAGGAGUAUAUAAGGACAUUUAUUGCUUUUAUGUUUAGUAAUGUUGGCAUUAUUGGACUAGUGAUUGGAUACACGAUAGCUGGAGCCUUUAUAUUUCAAUUUCUCGAAAGUGGAAAAUUUAUUGAAGUACACUACAAUGCUAUUAAAAAUAGAACCUUAUAUGCCCAGAAGCUCUGGAACAUUUCGAUGAAAUUAAAUAGAGGAGUGGAUCUGCGGGAGAAAGAUUUUAGGGAGGCUGUUACUGUUGAACUUUUAGCUUUUCAAGAGAAUUUUGUGAAUCUGACGCGUAAAGGCUUUGAUGGUACCGAUGAUACGGAUGGUAAAAAAUCAUGGAGUUUUGCAGGAGCGUUCUUGUUUUCCUUGACAGUCAUUACUACCAUUGGUUAUGGAAACAUUUGGCCCCACACACCUAAUGGUAAAAUAGCAAGCAUAAUUUAUGCCAUAAUAGGAAUGCCUUUAUUUCUACUGUACCUCUCAAAUAUUGGUGAUGUAAUGGCAAGGUCUUUCAAAUGGAUUUACGCUAAUUUAUGCUUAUGCAGAUGGUGUCCUGGUGUAGCUAAAAGAAGGGCUGAAAGAAGGAUGCGAAGAGACCAAAAAAUGAUGAAUGCAGAUUACGAUAGCGAAUCAAAAUCAGAUAAAAGCAGCUCGUCUAAUUCUGUUGACAUCAACAUGGAACUUGAUGUACUAAACCGUCGCGAAUCAGUCAUUAGUGAUGUAUUAACUAACUACACCGAAGGCUCAUAUGAUGUUGAAAACGUCACUGUACCGAUUACAGUAUGUCUUAUGAUUAUGGUUGGAUAUAUUUGCGGUGGUGCCAUAUUAUUCUGUCAAUGGGAACAGGAUUCCGGGUGGUCUUUCUUGGAUGCCUCGUACUUCUGUUUCAUCUCUCUCAGCACCAUCGGAUUUGGAGAUUUCGUCCCAGGAGAUAAAAUUUUCGGAGGAGGAAAAAUCGAAGAAAUCUUAGAACUAAAAUUCGUGUUCUGCUCGAUGUACCUUAUGCUGGGUAUGGCCUUGAUUGCCAUGUGUUUUAAUUUAAUGCAGGAAGAAGUAAUCCAUAAAAUACGAUCAACGAUUAGGACGGUAAAAUACAUCUUUCGAUGUAGAUGACCCGGAAACUCUAAAUAGAGAAGUGAAGACUGAAAAUCGUUGCCUCAAUGUUUUCAAUACGUAAGGAUAUAUAGGAAGGUUUCGUCUACAAAGCCGCUUUUAGUACUUCCAGCAUCUUUUAGUAAUGAUAGUAUAGUUUAAUUAUUAAUAAAUUAUUAAUUUUUCUCGAAUUUUACAUAUAUUUAAUAAAAUAGUAUCAAAGA